CCCUCCCCCGAACGGACCAAUGAAAUCGCAGCUCUCCGUUCUUGUUUCUACACUUUCCGGCACCGCCCCCUUCCUUCUCCCACAGUUCCUGGCGUGACCCACGUUUCGUGUCUGUUUAGACUUAAAAAUGCGUUACGUGGCCGCUUACCUCCUGGCUGUGCUCGGUGGAAACACCAGCCCCUCCGCUAAGGACAUCAAGGCCAUCUUGGGCAGCGUCGGAAUCGAGGCCGAUGACGAACGCUUGAACAAGGUCAUAACUGAGCUCAAUGGAAAAGAUCUCAAUGAGGUCAUGAACUCAGGCCUCUGUAAGUUAGCCUCUGUACCAGCAGGUGGUGCUACGGCGGCUCCGGCUGCUGCUGCUGCCGCUGCUACCGGGGCCACCGGAGCUGGGGCUGCACCUGCUGCUGCGGAAGAGAAAAAGGAAGAGAAGAAAGAGGAAUCUGAAGAGUCCGACGAAGACAUGGGCUUUGGACUCUUUGAUUAAACUGCCUUCUCCCCCGCUUUAAAAAGCAAUAAAAAUGUAAAAGGUUUACACAAA